UAUUAUAUACUUCGGGGCCGCCCGGCAAAUAGCGAGCUUUUCUAGUUUUAACUUGUAGUUUAACUUAUUAACGUCUCCCUGAACGGCCUGAGCCACAUUGAUGAGUUAAUCGACCGUUAACGUACUCCCGCAAUCAUGAUCUGCAAAUAAUUAUUCGUCGUCGAGUAACGGUACGAAAUUAUAAUAUUCCUCUUAAUCUUUGAUCGACUUAUUGACCAAUCGUCGACCACAGCAGACAUGCAGCAGUAUAUACGCUAUACGAGAAACUUAUUCUUGAGAGGCGUCUCUGUCAUCUACUUGCAGGCGUUCAUUGCACUCUACGUUCAAAAUUCUGGUCUUUUUGGAGAAAAUGGAGUAUUACCAGCAAAAAAUACAUUGAUUAACGAGAGUCCUAAAGUAUUUGAUAAAUUCAAUUUUAAACCUACAUUGUUAUGGUUUUCAUUUGAAAUUGGUUUGAAUGCUGAAUAUAUGUUUGAUGUAAUAUGCUUGUUUGGAAUAUUUUUUGCAUUCCUUGGGUUCUUGACACAAAAAGUUUGUAACAAAUUUUUAUUUUUCUCUCUUUGGAUCUCAUAUUUAUCUUUGUACAAUGUUGGUCAAAUAUUUUUGUCAGACCUAGCUGAUGAGCUUCUAUUGGAAGUGGGAUUAUUAUGCAUAUUGAUUGCACCAUUACCUUUCCAAAAAUUAAGAACCCCUUCAAAGAAACGCAAUUUACGUCUACAAACUUCACUUGCAUCAUUACCACAUGAUUCAAUUCCUUUUUGGCUUGUAAGAUGGUUGCUAUUUAGAGUAGCAUUUUCUGCUGGUGUUGCUAAAAUGAGUUCUAAGUCAUCAAUCUGGUAUGAUUUGACUGCUUUAUCAAAAUAUUUUGAAAGUAUGCCUCUACCAAAUGCUAUUUCUUGGUAUGCUCACUAUUUUCCACUUUGGUUUUUGAAAACGAUAACAGUAUUUGCUGAAAUUAAUGAUUUAUUUGUUCCAUUGAUGUUCUUGGUACCCAUUCGGUCAGUUAAAAAGUUGGCAUUUUAUAUUCAGGUAUUUAUGCAAGUUGGAAUUUUGGCAUCAGGAAAUUAUAGCUAUUACAAUCUCUUGUACAUAGUUUUAUGUUUAUCAUUGUUGGAUGACCAUACAUUUUAUAGAGAAUUAGCUCUGGCUAGAACUCGCCAAUGGUGUUCUACUGUGUUUACAAGACUUAUGACAAUCAAUGUUAUUACCAUUCUAAUAGCUGUUUUUCCCAUGUUGUAUAAUUUCCGCAUUUCUCCAGCAAAUACACCAGAUUUUACAAUUGCAUUUACACAGCAACAAUUUAAUGUCAUAUUAGGCAAAAGUUUGCCCUAUAUUGCCCUUUUUGCAUUAGGUUCAUUUGUUUUUGAAUGUUUAAAAGCACUUUAUUCGUCUCUACCUUUAAAAAGUAAAAGUAAUGGUUCCUUUUCAGCGUUAAUAACAUCAACUCUGUAUGUAACCAUUUGUUUGGGUAUAUUUUCAUUAAGUUCGGUCAAUUUUUCUGCUCUUCAUCCAAGUACUAAUAAUACUGUUACAAAGGAUUUAAAAAUGUUUUACAACAAAUUAGCUCCUUAUAAAAUUAGUAACUCUUAUUUACCACCUAAAGAAUUCAUCAAUUUGGAUAACCGUAAAGAAAUUGUAAUACAAGGCGCUAGUGAUAUAAAAGGACCAUGGUAUGAAUAUCAGUUCUUAUACAAACCUGGAAAUGUAAAUGUUACACCACCGAUUAUUGCUCCUUACAAGCCAUUACUCGAUCGCCAACUGUUUUUUGCUGCUCACUCUUUACCAGCUCAAAAUCCUUGGCUUAUGAGUGUUAUGUAUCGUCUGUUAAACAACCAGAAAGAAGUACUCUCAUUAUUAAACACUAAUCAAAUUCCAUUUGGUAAAAAUCCACCUAAGUUUGUUAAAGCAUMCCUGUACAAAUAUCAGUUUUCUUCAAAGAUACAACGAGAGAGAGGAGUUUGGUGGAAUCGGCAAAUAUUAAAUUCUGAAUAUAUUGCUCCAAUGGAUAAAAAUAAUCAAGUAUUAUUGGAUACAUUGAAGUCCCAUAAAAUUUUACUGAGUAACAGAACUCCAUUACCCGUAAACCCAAUUUUUAAAAAAAUAUUGGACCAAAUUAGGUCACUUCUCUUGGCAGUCGAUCCACGAAUAUUAAUAUUUGGAUUUUUAAUGGCCGGUUUUGUAUUGAUAUUAUUACCCGUCGGCUCCAAUAUUUCUUCUAUUUGAAUGCAAUUAUUAAUAUAAAAGUGUGUGUGCUGCUGAAGACUUAAUAUGGUUUUUUUUUAUUCAAUUACACUUCCCAAGAUGAUCUGUGAACUCAGAAAUUAUUCAAUUUUUAAACAAAAAUUGUUUUUAAUGUAUAUACACAUUUGUAUUACUUUAAUUUUUAAUUUUUUAU